CGGCAUUCAGUUGGUAUUGUGACUCCAGCAUAAGCGGACGUGAGUGCGGAUCGGGCCCAGAGCAUAAGCUAAAAGUGCGAAUUGAAUAUAGAGAGAGAAAUUCAUUGGAAUUUCCUUAGCAUUUGCAUUUGUUUUGUGUUCGAGCGCGUUCGAGGUUCAUUGAUAUGCACAGCUGAUGCCCAAUAAAAGUUAUCGAAUUGUGCAUGCCGAAUGCCAUUUGCCUGGUGUGCCACAGCCACACAGCCCCCUAAUCAACCAUUCGAGCCGCGCACGCGCAGUGCAUACGAAAUCCGAUCUAAGAUACUAAGAUACUCCCUUCCUCCCUCGCACGUGCUUCGAGAGUGCCAAGGCCUGGGGCAAAACACUCAACUAACUGUGGGUCACACAUCCAUCCAUCAACAUGACAGCUGCUCCUGGACUCCUACACAUGGAUCGCCCACUGCUGGCUCUCUAUCAGUUUUUCCUCGACCUGAUUAUAUUCACCAUCAAAUCGGUUUAUUAUAUACUGGAAUCGCUCUACUAUACCCUGCUGCCCCUGCGUUUUAGAAAGUUGAAGAACAUCUCCGGUCAGGUGGUGCUCAUCACAGGCGGUGGAGGCGGCGUUGGUCGUCUCAUAGCACUCAACUUUGCUCGACUGCAGGCGCGUAUUGUCAUCUGGGAUAUCAAUCAAGAAGCCAUCAAGACAACGGUGGAUCUGCUGGCCAGGAGUGGCUACAACAACUGCAAGGGCUAUGUGGUGGAUAUAUCCGACAGGGAGCAGGUCUAUCAGCGCGCCGGCGAAGUCAUCGAGCAGGUGGGACCGGUGGAUAUAUUGAUCAACAAUGCGGGAAUUGUCUGCUGCAAGCCAUUCUGGGAGCUGCACGACCGCGUCAUCCAGAAUACGUACAACAUCAACAUCAUUUCGCACUACUGGACGGUCAAGGCAUUCCUGCCGCACAUGAUGCGCCACAAUCGCGGCCAUAUCGUGACGGUGGGCUCUGUCACGGGCAUGCUGGGCACCUACGGCUGCAGCGAUUAUGCGGCCACCAAAUACGCCUGCAUUGGCUUCCACGAGAGCCUGCUGACGGAUCUGAAGGCCCAUGGCUACGAUCACAUCCAGAUGAGUCUGAUCUGUCCGUACUACAUCAAUACGGGCAUGUUCUCGGGCGUCCGGCCACGCAUGCAGCCAAUGCUGGAGCCCCAGUACGUGGCCGAUCGCAUCGAGCAGGCCGUGCGCUGCAACGAGGUCUGGUGCGUCCUGCCCAACUCCAUUCGCCUGCUGACGCCACUGAAGUGCCUGUUGCCCGCAAAAAUGUGCUGGGAGCUAAUGUCACGCGUCAUCCGUGGCCCCGAGUCCAUGAUGCUGUUCCAGGGACGAGGACGUGUGGCCGCCGGCUAGCCUGCGACGCCAGCCAUCAGAUACACUUUGGAAAUCCUUUUAGCUUAAGUCAUUUAUCAAUAAUCGUUAUAUUAAACUAAGUAAAUCGGCGGAAAUCGGCAGUCU